UUUGUGAGGCCUACUGUACAAUCCAAGAACCAUGUGUGGAAUCUUUUGUCUGUUAACUGCAUCACCCACUCAAUUUGAGUGGAACAAAACAGUGUAUGAACAUCUGAAAAGAAGAGGGCCAAAUUGGAGCCAUGAUCUCAGUGUUAGGCACUCGGAUCUCUGCUGCCAGUGUUUAUUCUCUGCUCAUGUUCUCCAUAUGAGAGGCGUAUUGACUCCACAGCCAAUCGAGGACAGGGCUGGAAACAUCUUGCUGUGGAAUGGGGAGGUUUUUGGAGGUGUGACUGUGACACCUGAGGAAAAUGACACUGCAAUUAUUUCCCAGCGCCUGAUGUCCUGCAGUAGUCCCUCAGAGAUCCUGUCAUUCCUGUCUUCCAUACGGGGACCAUGGGCAUUUGUUUACUACCAGAAGGAUGGCGACUACCUCUGGUUUGGUAGAGACUUUUUUGGAAGGCGAAGUUUGCUGUGGAAGUUUGAUGUAGGAUUCACCACCUUGACCCUGUCUUCUGUAGCUGCCCAUACCUCUGGACCUGAUCAGUUUGGUUGGAAAGAAGUUCCAGCAGUUGGUAUAUACAGAAUUGACCUGAAGGCAGUCACAGAGGUAGUUACAUUUGAGUUGUAUCCUUGGGAAAAAGAAGGCUAUGAUCUUACCUCCAUCUGCAGUGACACUACCCAGGUCCCCAGUGGCUGCUCAGCUGUUUUAAACCAGUCUGGCCUUUUACUUCCCUCACCUGUAUCAACUCUGAAUACAUCUACCCCAGACUCAAUAAAUGAGACUGAAAUUCAGGCAAACCUGCAUCCAUCUAUCAAAGAUUUGGAGCAGCUCCUGGCAAGCAGAGAGAAAAUCAGUGAGGUGAACAGUCUAGUUGAUGUUCUCAGUGAGGCUGUAAGGCGACGUGUUCAGUCUCUGCCUUUUAAAGUAGAAGAUUAUUCUCUUGACACAGACCAGGCUACUAUUGCCAUACUUUUCUCAGGAGGCAUUGAUUCAAUGAUUCUGGCCGCCUUGGCUGACCGUCACAUACCUCCCCACCAACCUAUAGAUCUUCUUAAUGUAGCUUUCAAACUGCAGGAGCCUAAAACAGAGAAGGACUUUGUGAAAAACCCCAAAAAGCACAAAAAUAAAAUCACCAGACCUGCUCCCCAAACAUCCAGCCCCUUUGAUGUUCCAGACCGGAUCACUGGAAAAGCAGGACUGGAGGAAUUACAAGCCCUGAAUCCUGACAGAAGAUGGAAUUUUGUUGAAAUCAAUGUAACACAGGAGGAGCUACAGAAAAUGCGCAGGGAGCGUAUCUGUCAUUUGGUGUACCCGCUGGACACGGUUCUAGAUGACAGCAUUGGUUGUGCUGUGUGGUUUGCUGCAAGAGGCACUGGGGUCAUCAGGGAGGGUGAUCAAAAGAGGCCGUUCAUGUCAACAGCAAAGAUUAUUCUGACUGGAAUUGGGGCAGAUGAGCAGCUGGCAGGUUACUCCAGACACAGGGUCAGAUUCAAGAUGUCUGGACAUGAGGGUCUGGUUCAGGAACUGGCCAUGGAGCUGGGCAGGAUCUCCUCCAGAAAUUUGGGCAGAGAUGACCGAGUGAUCGGCGAUCACGGAAAAGAAGCCAGAUUUCCCUACUUGGAUGAGGACGUGGUGAACUACUUGAACUCUCUGCCUGUGUGGGUGAAGGCAGAUCUGUCGCUUCCUCGAGGUGUUGGGGAGAAACUCCUCCUCAGACUGAGCGCCCGGCAGUUGGGGCUUGGCCAAUCAGCUGUCCUGCCCAAGAGAGCCAUGCAGUUUGGCUCCCGCAUCGCAAAGAUGGAAGACAGUCGUGAAAAGGCCUCAGACAAAUGUACAAGACUGCUCAGUGCAUAGAACCUACUGUUAUUGUGAGAAACAUGAAUCACUUUAAUAAAAAAGUCAUUAUAAAAUUACAGUCCAUUAUUGCAUAUAUAUAUAUAUAUAUGGAGUUUCUGAUUUGCUGUUACAGAUUGUUGUCCAAGACUUAAAAGUUCAGAUAACUUUCUUAAAUUCUACAUAAUAAAAAUAAUGUUUUUUUUACACCA